CUGUCCCUCGCUCUGGCUCUCUCUGCCUCUCUCCAAAGCUGUUGUUACUGUGCUGCUCCCGCACAUCAUUCCCCCACGAUGGAAAUUAAAUGAAGGUGGCUUAACGCAACUAACAGAGGCAUGCUUUGAAGGAUGUAACCGGGGAAGCUGCGCUGCCAGGUCCUUUUCCAUGGGCUGUGGAUUUGCGCUGCUGAGACAAGGACAGCAAUCAGUCAGCCAUGCAGAAACCCAGACAGCAAGACUAAUCCCUCCACCUGACUUGUGGAAGCUUCACUUUUUUGCCUGAAUUAUUUAUUCCCCGCUGUCAAAGACAGUGGGAGAAGGGAGCCAGAGUGAAGUAGAUGGUAAAUUUGUAGCGUUGACUGCAGUCUGCAGCACACAUGGAUGUGUUCAGCUUUGUGAAGAUGCCAAAGCUGUCAGGCCACAGGACCAAAGCCUCAGGCUGGCCUCCCCCUUCAGGGACCUGGAGCACUUCACAGGGACCCCCCAAUGGAUGGGACAUAGGCGCCAACAGAGAGAGGCGUGACUGCUACAUCAACCACGUCUCCCAGAGCAGCUCCCUGGAGGAGAUUCGCCUGGACGGAGACAAGUUUGUGCCACCAGCACCCCGGAAGGUGGACAUGAGACGAGACCCCGUCCUUGGCUUUGGCUUUGUGGCAGGCAGUGAGAAGCCUGUGGUGGUUCGUUCAGUCACACCAGGGGGUCCAUCAGAAGGCAAGCUGAUCCCAGGGGAUGAGAUCAUCAUGAUUAAUGAUGAGCCAGUCAGUUCAGCACCCAGGGAGAGGGUUAUUGACCUUGUCAGGUAUGAGAGCCUACUAAGGAGCUGCAAAGAGUCCAUAGUGUUGACUGUUGUUCAGCCGUACCCAUCACCCAAAUCAGCAUUCAUCAGUGCAGCGAAAAAGGCCAAGUUAAAAACUAAUCCUGUUAAAGUUCGCUUCGCUGAAGAGGUCAUCAUCAACGGUCAGGUCCCUGAAACAGUGAAGGACAACUCCCUUCUUUUUAUGCCAAAUGUUCUGAAGGUGUACCUGGAGAAUGGGCAGACUAAAUCAUUUAAAUUUGACAGCAACACAUCCAUUAAGGACGUCAUCUUGACCCUGCAAGAAAAGCUAUCCAUUAAGAGCAUCGAACACUUUUCUCUGAUGCUGGAGCAAAGAGCUGAGGGGUCUGCCAGUAAACUCAUGCUCCUGCAUGAGCAGGAGAUGCUAACUCAGGUGACACAGAGGCCAGGGUCACACAAAAUGAAGUGCUUUUUUCGCAUCACUUUUGUCCCAAAGGAUCCCCUGGACCUGCUUAGGAGAGACGCAGUAGCAUUUGAGUACCUCUAUGUUCAGAGCUGUAAUGAUGUGGUACUGGAAAGAUUUGGAUCAGAGCUUAAAUAUGACACGGCCCUCCGUCUGGCUGCCCUGCAAAUGUAUAUUCUGACCAUCAAUACUAAGCAGACCCAGAAGGUCUCCCUGAAGUAUAUAGAGAAGGAGUGGGGUUUGGCGUUGUUCCUGCCUCCUGCAGUGCUUUCUAGCAUGAAAGAGAAGAACAUCAAGAAAGCCCUUACUCACAUCCUCAAAACUAACCAGAACCUGGUACCACCCGGUAAAAAGCUGACUGCUUUGCAGGCAAAGGUCCAUUAUCUGAAGUAUCUCAGUGACUUAAGACUCUAUGGAGGACGAGUGUUUAAAUCUACACUAAUUCAAGGUGAGAAGCACACAGAAGUGACUUUACUGGUGGGACCCAAAUAUGGCAUCAGUCAUGUGAUUAACACCAAAACAAACCUGGUGGCACUUCUGGCUGAUUUCAGUCAUGUCAACCGCAUCGAGAUGUAUACAGAAGAUGAAAAUAGAGUUAGAGUGGAACUACAUGUCCUGGAUGUAAAGCCCAUCACUCUCUUAAUGGAGUCUGUUGAUGCAAUGAAUCUGGCCUGUUUGACCGCUGGCUACUACAGAUUACUGGUGGACUCGCGACGCUCCAUCUUCAAUGUCGCCAAAAACACAGACAGUAUGGAAACAAGCCAUGCAGCGAGAAUAAAGCAGAACUACCAGGCCAUUGAGUGCACAUACAGCACACCCCAUAAAGGAAGUGAAGAGAGAAACAACCAGAGCUGCAGCCAAGAUUAUUCUGAUCGCGAGUAUGACUACCGUGACCGUGGCAGAUGUGAAGGCCAACCGGUUUACAUAACUGAGAUUCACCAGCCUCAGCAUGCAUUGCAUCUGGCAGAUAGAACAGAGUGCUGCAGAGUCCCUUGCUCCCAAACUUACCUUAGUGUCCCAAGGCCCAAACCCCAAGACUCUUCGAGGAGUGCAAAGGUCUCCUUCAUAUUUGGAGAUCCUCCAUUAGACAGUAUAAACCCCCAAAAUCUGGGCUACCAGAGACUGAUGGAUGAAAGCCCAGAGGUUCUAGACAAUCACAGCCCCAUGUAUCGGCGUCUCGAGGGGGACUAUAAGAUGAUUGAUGCCAUAGAAGAUGGGGAUGGGUAUCAAUACUCCACCAAAAUCUUUGGCCCUACAGAGUGCAUUGAGGAGCCACUGCUGCAUGAUAUUUGCUAUGCAGAGACAACAGAUGAUGCAGAGGAUGAGGAUGAUAUCAGCUGUGAGGAGGACAUGAUGAUGAGUGACAUAGAGAAGCCCAUGUUACUCUCGCUCUCAGGGUCCAGUGAUGACAUCAUUGACUUGACCUCCCUCCCUCCCCCACCAGAGGGUAAUGAUGAGGAGGACAAUGACGUACUGCUGCACUCUCUUAAUCUGGCCAUUGCUGCUCCUCCUCCUGGUUUCAGGGACAGCUCUGAUGAGGAGGAGCACCAGGGGGCCGGAACUUGCACCCAGGGGGCUCGCAAUGAUAUCCCAGUGUCUCUCAUAGAUUCAGUGUCCACCCACAGGGCACAGGGCCACAGGGAGCCUCUAGAUGAUGCAGUGGUGUCCACCUUGCAGGCACUUGAGGCCUUGGCAGCAUCUGAGGAACAGAGUCCAGCAGAGUCAGAGAGUAGUACAGGUGUAGAGCUAUCACGAGCAUUUAGUCCUGAUUCUUCAGAUUCUGGCAAUGAAACAAACUCCUCUGAGAUGACAGAGAGCUCGGAGCUGGCCAGUGCUCACAGACACUCAGAGAACCACCUGAGGAUGCAUGUAGCCAUGACAGAAGGAUACCAUGCAGUGAAUGAGGAGAAGACAGAGGUGACUGCACUUAACAGUGGUGGCGCAGGAGCUAUGCAGUACAACCCUCAGGAGCAUCAGGAAGAGGCGAAAUCGUCUGCUGUCUCUUCCUCCCAGAUAUUUCACUCAGAUGGCGGCGAGAUGGAGCCAGAGACCAUGGAAAUAAAAUCAGUCAGUGAGUACUUCACUAAGAUGCACAUGGGCUCAGUAAUGAGCAGGCAAAGAGGAAAACAGAAGGUGGCAGAGAGCAGAAGCCAAUCAGAUGCAUGUGAAUCCUCUGAAAGAGCGCACACGACCUCUCAAGAUUCAGCUAGAGAGGAGCCCCCUCAUCUCGUUGGGAAGUAUAACGCUUUCACUGUGAGAGAUUCCUAUUACAUGAAUCAACUUGAUCUGGGGCGAACUCACUUUAAAGACAGACACCAAAAAUGGCAGCAGAGAGCAGGAAACAAAAUGGCAGAGAAUCUCUCUCCAGAAUGUGUGAAUGACUCACAGGCUUCCCACGCAGAGAGGUUAACAGUGAAGGGAGAAAAGCAGGACUCAUAUGAAAGAAGCCAACACUUAAAUGCCAGUCUCCGCUCCCCAUCCAAAGGGCCCAUUCCUGCAGACGGAGAUGCCACUUCACAGGAUAACGAGCAGCAGCAAAUUAAGAUUCCAUCAUCUGAGCAAGAUGUCACACGGUUAUAUGAAUACCAUGUGAACAAGCGCAUGUCAUCAAUACAGAGUGAAGGCAUUCAUUCUCUCCAAAGCUCCCAGUGCUCUUCUCUAGAUGCCGGUUGUAGCACAGGCAGCAGCAACUGUGUCACUCCUAUGGAUUCUCCUCUUUGUACCACAGAAAAUAUGCAUGUACUGUCUGAGUCCUCACUCAGGGGGCUGAGUUAUGUAAGUGCUGAAGAGAAAGGGUAUGGUCCCCUAGGCCAGGGCAAGGCUGGACAUCCAAUAGACCCCACCCUUCUGAGGAAGAUCCAUGCAGCUACCAGUGCUGAGCCUGGGUUUACAAUUACACGGGAUGGCACUCACAGGAUGCCCAAGAUAAAAGAAACCACAGCUUGCACACAGCUGAAGAAGGUUGGGGAACAGUCAUCUUUAGCUCUCUGUAAUGAGACCAGCACCACCACCACCACCAUGUCACCAUUGUCAUUACAAAGUAGCACAGAGCCCAGCGGGCUACCGCAGGCUGGCCCCGAGCCUGACCCACAUGCCCUGGCUUUCCCCUCAAGUGGAUUUUCAUGUAACACUACAACAGGCAGCCUGAUGAGGCCAUGCAGGGUUCGGAUGCUCAGGAGAAGUUGGAGCACCAUAACACCAGGUUCAAGGAGCUUAGAAACACUGUUAGAGAAAACCAAAGCCACACUUACAGGGAAGAGUGGUGGUAGGAAUUUGAAGUCUCACGAUGCCCCAAAAGUACAAAGGCUAUUCUCUGCCAAAACCUUGCCCAAGAGCUGGUCCCAGGGUUCAGCUGUCUCUAACUCAUCUGACAGAGGCCUGCUAAAAGAAGCCUCCCUGCUGCUUCCAGAGUCAACGAUACCGAGGCUGAGUACAUGGAAGUGCCAUAGGCCGUUCAGUCACUGCUUCCUCAGGAGAAAGAAAAACACUGACGGUGAUGAAGACAGAAAAGUGAUUUCCUCACUCGAGUCAUUCACUGUCAGCUCAGUUCCUUUCUGCCAUGAGGAAAACACAAAUCAGAAAGAAGACUAUAAAGCUGAGCAAGGUGACGUGGCCACUGCUAUGAAUGACAUGAGCCUUAAAGAAAGGCUGGCACAUGUAAAUUCAAUGAAAGGAAAAACCUAUAGCCUUCACACAGGGUUUGCAGUCGCACAGAAGGAUGCCUUAGAGAUGAUCAGUGUGUUGCGUUGCAGUGUAGGCCAGCUGUCCAGAGGUGAGAGGCCCGAGAUCAACGAGGGCGAUGUGGAAACAUUCUCACAAACACUUGUCAUGCAGGCCCAAGUGUUGAGCCGCGCCUGCAGUCAGAUGGCCAUGGAGUAUAGCACCCCGGAGGAGUUACUACUCACACUGACGCACAGCUUCCACACACUCUGCUGCUUAACGCAAGCCGGCAUGUCACUGGUGGAAGGCCUGAGCGCUGAGAGGGAGCGGCAUGAGGUGGUAGCCAAGGUGGACGAGGUCGUCAUGAACUACAUGUGUCUGCUGAAAGCUGCUGAGGCAGCUUCAGGAAGCUCCCCCAAUGACCAAAGUGUGAAUGCAUUGACACAUCACUCUGCCACUAUGUCUGCUAUUUUAAACACACUAACUCUCUCACUGAAAACACUGCUCAACAAAUAAACUAUUGUUAUUUUGUCCUAAUUAUUGAUUUUAAAGCCAUACAUAAGAGACAUGGGUUUAACAACCAAUGUGAACUGCUGUUAAAAAAAACAUUGCCUUGUGUAUACAAUAUUUUAUGUAAAGUAAAAAACUUAUAUGAAUUAUUGAAGUUUUAAACAAAGUAUAUUAAGACCUCUAUAAAGAAGCAUAUGAUUCUCCUCUCAAGUAUAUUAACUAAUGUUAGACAAUAAGGAUAAUUUUAAUGAUUUAUUGUUUAUAUUAGGUGCUUAACAUGUAGAUUAUUACAACCUUAUUAGUACCUUGUUUAUAAAUUGUCAGAAUAUAUAUUAUGUUGGUGACUGUAUACACCUGUAGACAAAUUAUUGCACAGGACAAGACAUAAUCAAGUAAAAUGAAUGCAUUAAUCUUUUUCAUUUGCUAGAUUCAUCUUUAACUAAAGGACACUUUACACAUGAACACAGUACUUCCCUGUUAUUUUUGUCAACAUAAAUAAAAUGAUUAUCUCAAUGAUUAUCAUAUGAUUUAUGGCUCUUUUUGGUUCACUCUUGUGUGCGGUUCGGUUUAUUACCAGCCUCACACACAAUACCACAUUUUUAUUUGGUUUUGCAGUGGUUUAUGCAAAUUCAUUAUCAUUAAUUCACUUUUUACUGGUUUCUGAAAAAAAAUUGAAUAAAAGAAGCUGACAGUGACUUUUCAAGACUGUAAAAGGUUGCUGUUAAUAUUGCAUUAUUCAUAUGGAAACACUGCUUGACCAGUGUUUAGUUUUAUACCCAUGUUUAAGAAUUCAUGAUUUUAUUCUUUACUCAUGCCUGAGUGAUGGCAAUGCUUUUUGCAUUAAUGAUGAUGAUGGU